AUGCCUUUUACUUUGACCCCAUCCAACUCAGACACAACUAUCUUCAAGGUUGCCGCAGUGCAGGCUGAGCCCAUAUGGCUCGACUUGCAAGGCAGCGUUGACAAGACAAUCUCAAUCGUCCGUGAAGCGGCGGCCAACGGUGCCAAAAUAAUCGGCUUUCCAGAGGUCUUCAUCCCAGGCUAUCCCUGGACGCCCUGGGCGAAUAACUUUGCGGUCACCGCCACCGUGCUUAAGGAAUACCAGGCCAACGCACUAGCCCUUCAUUCUCCGGAAAUGGAUCGCAUCCGCGAGGCCGUGAAAGAGGCUGACAUUACUGCUGUCGUUGGUUUUGCUGAGCGCGAUGGUGGAAGCUUGUACAUCGCACAGGCUACCAUCCUCCCAAACGGAACGAUAGCCAACCAUCGUCGCAAGAUCAAGCCAACUCACUACGAAAAGACGAUCUUUGGUGAUGGAAGCGCCCAGUCUAUCUAUAACGUCGUUCAGACGCCAUUUGGCAGAGUUGGGAGUCUCAAUUGCUGGGAGCAUAUCCAACCGUGGUUCAAGACGCAUUUUUAUUCGCAGCACCCCCAAAUUUUCGUCGGCGCUUGGUGGCCGGCUUUCGCGCCAGGCGCUGGAGGGUCUCCUUACAUUGUCAGCGGUGAAGCAUCCAGCCGUAUGACGCAAAUGGUCUCGAUGGAAGGCGGAUGCUUUGGACUUGCAUGCUGCCACGUUGUCAGCGAGGAAGGAGCAAAAAAGAUGAAGAUUCUGGGUUUCCCAUGGUUUGAAUUUCCAGGCGGAGGAUUCACCACUAUUUAUGGUCCUGACGGGUCUAUCUUAGCCAAGGCAGCCAAUUCUGGCACUGAAGAAAUUGUCUACGCUAACAUAUCGCUCUCUCAAAUCGACGAGGUCAAGAUGGUAGCAGACAUCAUGGGCAACUAUAGCCGCUUUGAUCUCUUCCAUACCGUGGUACACGGUAAAAAUUGGGACGCUAUUGAAUAUACGGCUGAGGAGGCAAGUGCCGCACGCGAAAGAGCUGCAGCCGUUGACAAUAUAAAUUCGGUGUCGAUUGCAUAG